GACUGACUCAUCAUGAAUGACUUCUUGGAUUUGGCAAUGAAUCUUGCUAUGGAUGGCCGUACGUUGACCAAUUUAAGAACGUGCGAUAGGAACUUUGAUCGCAUUUGUUUGAUGAGAAACAUUUUUGCUUUGAGACGUGUAAAUGAUAAAUUUGUCAUUCCAAAUCCAUCAAAAAAUGACAAAAAAUCGGAGAAUUUUCGUCUAUUGGGGAACAAAUUGUUUUCCGUUGAGAAGUGGUUCGGUGCGUUGGAAUAUUACAAUAAAAGCAUCUGUUUUGCAACAAAAAACAGCGAGCAGUUAGCAAUUGGAUACGCGAAUCGGUCAGCAGUUUACUUAGAGUUGAAAGAGUACAAGUUAUGUCUGGACAAUAUAUCGCUUGCUAGGGCAGCGGCUCUUCCCGGUCGUCUAAUGAAUAAGUUGAAUCAGAGAGAAGCGGAUUGCUUGCGAUUGAUGGAAACGGAUGGAAACGGAAAUCAAAACAACUCUCAGCUCGGAAAGGAAGAAUUACAGUUGAGUCGUACGGCACACUCGCAGGUGCCGUUCAUCGUUGAUUGUCUGGAGAUGAAAAGGAACCUUGAACACGGAAGACAUAUCGUUACGAAUGAGGAUCUUAAGCCCGGUGAAAUCAUUGCAAUUGAAGACGCAUUCGUAUGUGGACUCGACGAAAGUUUCAAUUAUCGACGUUGCACUUAUUGCACUAAAGAAAAUGUAUUGAGUUUGAUAUCAUGUGACGUGUGCACGAAUACAAUGUUCUGUUCAGACUGUGUAAAUGAUGCUAAAGAAGAUUUUCACAAGAUCGAGUGUCCCAUCUCAGCCUUUCUAGCUGCUUUUGAAAACACUAGAUUUGUGUUGCGUUUGGUUUUACGAGCUUUGAAGAGUUUCACAUCCGCUGAAGAUUUGAUUGGAGUCAUGAAAGAAUCGCCGGAACAUACGGUCUUUUCCUUCGAUCAAGCCGAAACGUUAAAUGCAAAGGAAAAAUAUCUUCCGGUGCACUCAUUGGUAACCAAUGACGACAAACAAUCUGACAUAGAUGAGUUGUUCCGAGCCAUGUAUUCAACGAUCCUCUGUGAAAAAUUGAUCUGCAAUACAAGUCUAAAGGAAAUCUGGCCCAUCGACACAGACUUCGGGGCCAAAAUGGUUUUGGCUGACGUUAUCAAUCAUUGCUUUGAAAUUGUGCCACAAAACGGUCACAAACUGACCAGCUAUGGUGACAACAAGGAAACAGAAGAGUUCGGUGGUGCAAUUUAUCCAUUUGCCAGCUUGCUGAAUCAUGCCUGUUCGCCUAAUGUCUUCAGAGUCACACAUGGGACCAAGUUGAUUCUUAUGGUUUUGCGGAACAUCAAAAAAGGGGAACAAUUGUUGGACUGUUACGCGAAGCGUUACAGCUCCAAGACCGUCACGCAGAAGGAACGCCGGGAGAGCAUCAAACAAACCUUGCAUUUUGAUUGCAGAUGCAUUGCUUGUGUGAACAACUUCCCAUUGAGGACGUGCUACAAGUGUGGAAAUAUCCCAGCAGUUUCAAUUGUUGUUGAUGACAUCAAACAGCAGACCGUGAAUUGCUCACAGUAUUUAGAAAAAUACGACAGCAAGUAUCCUUGUGUGGAGGUCGACGCAGCCCAGGAAGUACUAAUUGGUUGCAUGAAUGAUUUGUAUGGCAACAAAUCGGCCAAAUGUAAUUUCAAGACAAUGGACUGAAUAGAUGGAACAUGGACAUACACGAUGUUGAUUCCAUACAUCCUUUACUUACGCAUUUUUUUUUCUCCAAUAAAAACUUUGCAA